GAAGGUAACGGGGACACGGUGGACCGUCUUCAGUUGUGUGUUGGCAGGUUGUUCCACUUCUCGGACCGUCAACUCGCCUGAAACGCACCAUUUUACCCUUAGAGGCAGCAGGAUUUUCGACCUGUCGACUUUCCAACCAUCCCGUACUACAAUGUCCAACAAGAACAAAUCCGUAUUCACUAAAGAAGAGGAACUCCUUCUGCAAGACUUCAGCAGGAACGUUUCGACGAAAUCCUCUGCGCUGUUUUACGGAAACGCUUUCAUCGUCUCAGCUAUACCGAUAUGGCUGUUCUGGAGGAUACACAUGAUUGACAUCUACAGCUCUUUUCUAUCGUUCAUCGUUGUCACUCUUACAAGCACUUACCUUGUUGCGAAUGCUUACAAAAAUACAAAAUUUGUUUUAAAGCAUAAGAUUGCAGUGAAGAGAGCAGAUGCAGUAAUGAGAGAAGUAACGAGGAAGUUGUCUGAGGACAAAAAAAUUAACAAAAAGGAGAAGGAUGAGCGCAUAGUCUGGAAGAAAAAUGAAGUCGCAGAUUACGAGGCAACGACCUUUUCAAUUUUCUACAAUAACUCUUUGUUUCUAGCAUUGGUUAUCUUCAUUAGCUUCUAUGUUCUGAAGACUUUUUCACCAUCAGUAAACUAUGUAUUAUCUGUUGGUGCGGCUGGUGGCGUCAUUGCCCUGUUAUCGACUGGAUCGAAAUAAUUCACCUGAGUAAUACAUACAAUAAAAUAAGAAAUAAAUUAUUAAAUGUGAUUUUUACUUACAAUUUAUUUUUAUUGAUUUAUAUUAAAAAAAUUACAAAUGUCGAAAUAAUUCAUUUUGCGUUAUUUAUCAAUUUCAAUAUUUUUUUUUUUUUUUUUUACAGAUAUUUGAAUAUUUUGUCAAUUAUUGUGGUUCCCCUUGCAAAUAUAAUGAAUUGUAACUGAUUUUUUUAAACUUGUA